GGGACAGCUUACACUUCCGGGUGAGGGGCCGCUCCCUGUCCUCUGCUCCCCCACGUGCCGUGCCCCCGCCUCACUCGGCCUCGCUCUCCUGGCAGGAUGCUGCUCGCCCGGGCUCUGCGCUCCGCCGCCGCCGCCCUCCGCCCGCUGCCGCCGCGGGUCCCGCCCUCCCCGCUGCUGCGGCCCGCGGCCCUGCUCUGCGACGCCCGCCCGCCUGCCGCCCGCCCCUUCACCCGCAGCCUCUGGCUGCUCAGCGGGGACGCCGCCGGGACGCAGCGGCCUGGCCUCCUGCGGCCUCAGCGAGCCUCCCCCGCCGGCGUGUCCUGCGGCUGCGGCGGCCUCCACACCGAGGGGGACAAAGCAUUUGCAGAGUUUCUGAGAGAUGAAAUUAAAGAGGAGAAGAACAUCCGGAAACAUAAAUCCCUGCCCAAGAUGUCUGGAGGGUGGGAGCUAGAAGUGCAUGGCACUGAAGCCAAAUUGUUGCGGAAAAUAGAUGGUGAAAGGAUUACAGUUACAUUCAACGUUAACAACAGCAUUCCACCAACAUUUGAUGAAGAACCACAAGAACAACAGAAAACUGAUGAACAGGAGCCUGAACUUACAUCGACUCCUAACUUUGUUGUAGAAGUAACAAAAGAUGACCCCAAACAGACUCUUGUGCUUGACUGCCACUAUCCUGAGGAUGAGAUUGGACAUGGGGAAGGGGAGAGUGACAUUUUCUCAAUUCAGGAGGUCAGCUUUCAGCCCACUGGAGAAUCAGAUUGGAAGGAUACCAACUACACUCUCAACACAGACUCUCUUGACUGGAAGAUGUAUGACCACUUAAUGGAUUUCUUGGCUGACCGAGGAGUGGACAACACAUUUGCUGAUGAAUUAGUUGAGCUCAGCACUGCAUUAGAGCAUCAGGAGUACAUUAAAUUCCUUGAAGACCUUAAAAGCUUUGUCAAAUGUCAGUAGACUAGGAAAUUAAAAGUCAAAGCCUACAACUGUGGAUAUCCUGUAGCAGUACUCUUACCUGCAGCUGAUACCACCAGUAAGUUUAAAACUUCAAAGUGGGAUAAACAUCAUGGAAAACUAAAUGAUUCUCAAUGAUUGCAUUUCAAAUUUAAUUUAUGUUGCAGCCUAGAUUAAGUUUUGUGUCAUUCUCACACCUCCCACCAGUUUGGGUAUUUUUGUACAAUUAAGAAACAUGAUAUAAUGACAUGAAGAAUAAAAUCCGCUCAAGAAAAAAAAUUUCUUUUGGCUUUACUGUUGCUGGUUAAGAAGUGCUGUAAAUGG